AUGGCGGGCUCCACCCUCCUCUCGGCCGACGACAAGGCCAAGGUGAAGAAGGCCAUCCCAACCUCGUCAUCCUCCAACAAGAUCAUCACGGCCGCAGUGGCCCGCGUGUACACUGCCAGGCCCAACUCGGGAUGGAACUACUCUGGCGCAACCGGCGCACUCGUCUUCGUCGCAGACAAGAACAGGGGCGGACUGUGGUUCCGCGUCGUAGACCUCACUUCCCACAACGGUGUCAUCUGGGAGCACGAGCUGCCGAACGAGAUCGAGUACAACCAGGACAAACCCUUCUUCCACUCAUGGGCCGGUGACGAUGCACAGGUUGCGUUUGUGUUCCCGUCCGAGGGCGAGGCGCUUGACUUUUAUAAAAAGGUGGCCAACAGGUCCAAGUAUGCGACCAAAGCCAAGGAGAAGGACAAUGGCGGCAGCGACAAGAAGGAGAAGCAGAGUCUCGGCAAGCGUAUCAAGGGCAGGAUCGACAAGGCCAUGAUCUCGGGCCCGUCUUCCUUCCGUCACGUCGCGCACAUGGGCUACGACACGAAGGAGGGCUUCUCGUCGAGCGGCGUGGACAAGACUUGGCAGGUGCUCCUCGAGCAGCUGAGCAUGAAGGGCGUGUCGGAGAAGGAGAUCAAGAAGAAUGAGGCGUUCAUCAAGGACUAUGUCGAGAAGCAGGGCGGAAUCGAGAACCGCAAGCAGGACCUCGGCGACAGCGAUGAGGAGGAGGAGAGUGAUGGUGAAUGGGACUAG